AUGGAAUUGGAACGACAAUUGGUUGAGUUUAAACAAGCCUAUCAACAACAAGCACAGGAAAAUCUUCGGCUCAGUAAACAACUUUUGACAGCAGGAAUGGCAGCGGUAAGUGAGGAAGAUUCAAUCGACUUAACCAAUAAAAAGGAACUUACUCCUGUCGGAACAGUGAGUUUUGGUGCUCCAGCUUCAUCAUCGGUCGGUUUAAACAAGAAUAUUAGCACGGGGAAGAUGCACAUUGUCAGGGACCAGCGCUUCGAAGUAAAGAGGAAUUUUUUAUGAUUUUAAAAUAUAUUGUGACAGGGUGCCAGUGUUAAACAGUUGUAACAUUAAAGCGUUUUCGGCUUUCAAAUUGUACUAUAUAAUAUGGCAGAAUUAAUACAGUUGACUGUAAUUUUAAUCUUAAAAAUUACAGUACACAAAAAACUACAAUCUAGUUGUGAAUCAAAUAAUGACAGCCGCUCCCUUACACGAAGCCUCAAUUAAAUUGGACGCGGCUUUGGAAAAUGUCUACGGUAUCAAAAGAAGAAAACAACCAGUAAGUUUAUUAUAUCUGUAGUAUAUAGCCUUUUUUGCUAUGAUUCACCUGUUUAUAAUACUGCAUUUUCAGGCACUUGUAUCUAAGAGGCUGCCACGGACCGCGGGGUACUGUUUUGAGUACGACCUUGAAGAAGUGAAGAUUUCAAUCAAAAUCAGACCAAAAGAAGGCACGACAACUAUGUUACCUGAUCAAGAAGAACAAAGAUCAAAGAGCCCUGACAGCAUACGAUGUGUACUUAGUGGUUGGAUACAGCCAAAUGUCGACCUUGUUCCAACCCGUCGAUGGGCCCACUUUCUACAGUCUAUAUGCCAUCAGCACCUUACCCACGACUCAGUGGCGCGAGAAACAGUGAUACGUAAACACCUGGGGAGAGGCCCAUUUAUGGGAAAAGUCAGACUCAGUUUAUACGAUACUGUGCCAAAUCCUAAAAAAUAA